CUCCAAUAUAUUUGAAAGUGUUUGUUUCUCAUCACUAGGCUAUUCAAAUCUACGUUGAGAAACAUGAAAAAUCCAAUUAAACUUUUCUAUCGAUUGAAAUAUAUCGAAAGAUAUGAAUCAUUUGUCAAAUCCAAACCUAUUCCUCUUGCAAUUAUUCUUGUACUGGUCAAUAUUCUUGGUGGUUUAGUAUUUGGUUACGCUUUAGGAACCAUCGGAGGUGGUCUUUCAAGUGCCACCACUGCCUUCUUCUCAUCCAACAAUUCAUCCUCCUCAUCCAAUGGUACUUUAAUCCGUUCUACCAGUUAUGAUAAUGUAAAUAUUAAUGGUUUUUCUUCCUUCUUCUCCAGCCUUCGAUCAUCCUUUGUAGAUCGAUUUGUUCUAGAUUUACCAAUAGUUGUAGAUAUCAGUAAUAAUUAUAACUAUGAUGACCAUUUGCUUCAUUCAUUAUCAGAAGAAGAUUCCCAACGUUCACUUUCUCAACAAUCAUCCACAUCGAAACAAAACAUUUGGAAUGAUCAAAAUCAUGAAGAACUGUUGGCGACACUUUUUAAUAUGAAGAGUUUGAUGAACCUGUUGCACUCUUCGCUCGUCAUCAGUAAGAACAACCAACAGAAUAGUGGGUGCACCAAAUUCAAAAUCAGAACUCAACAAGCCAACACCCUUUCCUUAUUUAUGACCAAUGAACAAAAUAACACUUCAUCUACAAGUAGUACCUCUUCAGAUUUAGGAACAACCUUAUUGCAAGGUUUGUUUGCCAGUAGUAUUUUCAUUGGUGGUCUUGCAGGUUGUUUGUUUUCAAUGUUUACAGGAUCUCUUUUGGGAAGGAAGGCAAGCAUGCUUAUUUGUUGUCUAAUUUCAAUGUUGGGAUCUAUUGGAGCAAGUGCUUCUUAUACUUAUGCAUCCCUUAUUGUGUUUCGUUGUUUCCUUGGUGCAGGUGCUGGAAUUUCUACUGUUGUUUGCUCAAUGUAUGUGGCAGAAUUGUUGCCAUACUCAAAGUAUCAAGGAUUGUGUGGCUCCAUGUAUAACCUUGGUGUGGCUGCAGGAAUUGCAUUGGGUUAUGCAUUUGCUGCAAUUUUUGUUCGUUUUGCUGAUAUGUGGAGAGCUGUUCAUGCAUUCCAUAACUUGUGGAGCGUUCCAUUGUUCUUCCUUAUAUUGUUUAUCGUUCCAGAGUCUCCACAAUUCUUAAAAGAUAAUGAUAGUAAGGAAACCACUCCAUCAACAUCCAACAAUAUUGAAUUAGAGGAAAAGAGGCAAUCAACAAAUGCUGGGGAAAUUAAGGAAAACAAAGAAAAGGAUCCAAAUACCUCUGCAGAAGUUAAGCAGGAGCAAAUGUCAGCCAUUGCUGCUAUGAAGAGAUUAUUCUGUUCAAAGGUCAUUAUUCCAUUAAUACUUGGUUGUUAUGGUAUGAUGGCUUUGGAAUGGACUGGUAUUCAAUCAGCAACUAGUUUCACCCCAAGUUUAAUGCAAAGUGCAGGUCUCACUGAUGCUCUUGAUCAACUACUCACAUCAUUUGGUAUUUCAAUGUGGCAGGUUUUAACUGUCUUUCCAAACAUUUUCCUUGUUGAUAGGUUAGGAAGAAAAACUCUUACUCUUGUUGGUAUGACUAUUUGUUUCUUGGCAGAUAUUGCUGGAGGAUUCAUUUUUCAAUUUUCUGAGAAUGGAACAGAUUACAAGAUCAUUUUAGCAAUCAUUUUUAUUUGUAUAUUCCUUUUAGGAUUCAAUAUUGGUAUUGGCUCUUUGUGUUAUAUUCUAGCUCACGAAGUAUUCAAUGGAGAGAAUGAGAAAGUAAUCCUUUAUGGAACUGGUUUGAGUACUUUGACAAUGUGGGUUACAACUAUUGUACUUUCCUUAUUCUUUAUUCCAGUUGUAUCUGUAACAAGUCAAGCAGUUCCUUGGUUUAUUUUUGCUGGAUUUACCUUAAUAGGUAUCAUUAUGUACAUUUUCCUCCUCAAAGAAACUUCUCCAACUAUUUUGGCAAAGAAAGCAGAACAAAAAAGACUCAAAGAAAGCAAAGACAAGGCAGAAGUUUCUGCAAAAGACACAGAAAAAUCUGUUCCUACAACUGUUGAUAUUAGUGAGCCAACAUCAGCAAAGAUGAUUGAAGCUGUGCUUAGCGAUAAAAUUGAAACUAAAGAAGAAACUCAAAAUCCUAUUGGAACACUUGAAGAAAAUAAUCAAGAAACAGAAACUCAACCUCAAGUUUAAUUCAAAACCAAGUUAAUUCUUCCAUUUGAAUUAACAGCUAAAAUCUUAUCUUCAGAUGAAAGAUAUUCAAUAUGUAGAACGUCAUUUCCAUCAAGAUUCUCUAUGCUCUUUUCAGAUGAUUGACUUGAUUUUUGGUUAAUAUUUGUCAUGUCGACACUGUAAAUAAAUCCUUGUUCAUCUCC